AUGGGCGAGGAGAAGGUGCCCAAUGAUGAAAGUGUGUACGGAGUACGGGAGGAGGAGAAGAAAGAAAAGAAUUGGACUGGGGAUGAUCCUCUAUUUAUACUAGGCAACACGUCCACGCGCAUGAGUAUCAACAAAUACGGCGGGAGACUGGCCAAAUAUGGCGGCAGCUCUCGACCAUAUCCAUGCCUCGUCGGGAAAGAGAAGUCUCCGGCCAUAACCUCCCAGCCGCGCCGAGCAGAACACACGCCAAAUUGGGCAUUAGCUCUUGACCAUGUCCAUAUACCUCACUGGCUCACUGGCAAAGAGAAGGCUCCGGUCAUGAGACCCCAGCCGCCGCGAUUCAGGCGACGCCGAAUUGGGCGAGAGCCCUCUGAGGAUGUGGUCCGGAGCAAGCGCCGGCGAGGUGAUCCCAGCCGCGCUGGAUAG